GGGGACGAGCCGCAGCCGCAGCCGCAGGCGGGGAGGGAGCUCCGAGCGCUGGCCUCGGUUUCAUUCAUCUCUCCUGGUCCGCGGGCUGCGGCGGGGCUUCUCUCCGCUGCGAGGAGCCGUCCGUGAAUCCUCCCCUCUCUCUCUCUCCCUCCCUCCUUCCUUCCUUCCUUCCCUCCCCCUUCGUUUUCUUGCUUCCUAUUUUGACGCCUUGAUUCCUAACACAGCUGUGUCUUUUGAAUAUCACCCUUCUAUCUCUCUCUCUACUCUUGUAUUCUCUCGCACUGAUGUCCAAGUUCUGUCCCAGUUUCUCCAAAAUACAGUGUUAGUGCUCUUAUUCUUUAAGUGCUGCCUCUAAAUAUAGCUGAAAUCCAACGUUGACAUUUUGAGUCAAACAUGUUGUCUGCCUGCUCCAGCAUGUGUCACUUUUGUGAAUGAAUGAACUCGCAGUUACGCUGAACUAUGUGAUGUCUGACUGAGUCUAAAGUCAUGUUCUGUCUGUCAACAAGACAGCAACGUCUGGUCUUCUUCUCUUGCUCAAUGCUUGUAACCGCUGGAGUACGACCGUCAGAACUUUGCCAGGUCUUGAGCAUGGUGGCAUCAAGUUGGGUUUUCUUCUAUCAGGGGUUACCACAACAUCCUCCACCGAGUCACACCUCGACAUCACGACCACAUCCUCGCCUUCCUCCUCUCCUUUCACGUCUAUCGCUUGCCUUCUUUGCAGAAAAACACGGGGUGAUAUUGCAGGAGGGCCAGUGGCCCGUGUCAUUCAUAUCCACAAAAGUUUGGUGAGGAAGGGUCUGACUGGGAGUUUCACCCUUGUGUUUCCAGUCAGAGCUUUCAGUUUUUAUACCUGGUUCCAGUCAAGAUCGGUAUAGAAAUCUGGUCAGCUCAGCCACUGCUUUUAGGAAACGGUGAUGUCACGGCCUCAGCUCACAAGUCUUUCGACUCGAGAGUCGUCCCUUUGGAAUUGGCAGCAGUUUAUUGGAAAUAUCUGCUCAAAAUCUUGGACAAACAAACCAGAAGUUUCUCGAACUGUCCUAGUAUUCUCGCUGUUGAGCUUCACUGGUUUUCGACUUGCACAAAGCAUGAGUAACUCCCUCACUCAUCAUUACAUCAUUAUGUAACAAAGAUUAAAACAUGAAUAAAACAGAAUUGAACUUUGGCUUUACUUCCCAAAAUCUGUGUCUAAAUAUAAAGGGAAUCAAAUAAUAAUGUAUAUUUAAAAAUAUGAAUAAGUGACUGUUACACUAUGAUCCAUAGUUAUGUUUUAAAUUGAACAAAAAUAAUUAAGUAUUCAUUAUCAUGUAUAUUCCAUUGUUAUUACAUGUGCCAUGUCUUGCCUUCUCUACCAAAUUCGAAGCUUCUUUCAUUUACCUAUGAACUUGGAGUACCUUCCCCUUUUGUGUUUCAAGAGCAGAAGUGUCACUUUGCACAAUCCAGAGCCGUUGCUCCCUCUGCGUCAAGUUUACUCUGAGCAAACCAAGCCUCACAAAAGAGGAAAGGUUUCUUCAUCGUCGAGUGAAGGAUGUUGCCAGAAAGAACUUGGGACUUUUAAGUGGCAGUUGAAAAAAGACUUCAUCGAAUUACGUUGUGAACAUUUGAUGUGGCUGACAAAACUGCAGGUACGCAGAACAAGUGGUGUUUACAAUACAGGACUGUUGCCGUACGGUGUUGAAAGUUGCUUAUGUAAUGACAACAAGUACCGCGUGUGGGCCGAUUCACAAUCGGGAUGAUUCUGUUGAUAGCUCUCAUUGUGAGUCUGUGGGGUUUCAAGACACAGAGUGGGAGAAUGCAGGUGGACCAGAAAGCUCCUCCAGUAAUCUGGUCUGGCGAACCUGCUGCAGCGUGAACGGCACGUCUGUCUUGCGUUGUUCGGCAUGUGUGCGUCUGCACAGACACCAAAAUCUUUAUGAGGAAAUGGUUCACUGUAAGUGGAUUUGUGGGUUUCCUUUCCUCAUGUACAGGAAGCUUCAAGCUGUGCAUGCGAAACUGUAGCGGUGACUUCUGAUGCUGAUACAAACGAUUUUACCUUUGUUUGAAAUGAGCUAACUGUGACUAGAUUCCAUCGGAUUGAUGUGUCGCCAAUAUCAUGUUGUUGCAUCUGAGCAGAGCGAGUAUGGGUCCAGUAUCUCAGUCGCGACUGGCUGGAGUGAGCGCUCACCUGCGGAUCGAUGGCCGCUUGUGUUGUGGUUUGGAAGAGUGCUUGUCAGCAGUUGUUUGUUCGGGGCGAUGGCUGCAGGGCCAAGCAUUCCUGUCCUGAUUAAAAAGUGGGGUUGUCGCGACUGAGCCGAGGGCGAGCAUCCUCGCUGUGGUUCCUUUAACCACCGCAUGUGUGUGCAGCUCUGUGGGCCGGUGUGUGAGGAUCAGCACCUGCACUCUCCAGAACCUUCACAUUAGUUGUAGCUGGUUCCUUUGAAUGCCAGUCAAAAAGUGACCUUUAAAAUUGACCAAAUAAUUCAAGGAAAAGAUGAGUGACUCAUCCGUCACUUUUAAUCCAUAAAAGCUGUUGUUAAAAUGAUUCAUUUCAGUCACUUUAUCUUGUGAGAAAAACUGAUCGGGCAAUUAUAGACUUGAAUUUGUGGGUCUACAAUUCUGUGCAGAAAUGUAUUUUGAUUUAUUUUGCUAUUUAUUUUUAAUAAGACAUUUAUAACUCGCGGUGGAAAAUGGUUGCAUGUCCUCAUAAAUAAACAACUAUUAAUGUUUGGUUGGGAAGAGGGAUAAAAAUGUCACUAGUGUCUUUUAAAUGAUCUGCUCUUCUCAUCUAUGUAUGUAUAAAUUCAAUGUAGAUGUUGUGAUACUUUUUUAUGUGUAAUGUGUUAGGUACAUGUGUCACUGAACGCCUAAGAGUUCAACACAAACGAUGGUAUACGAAUAUGCCACGGCAUUAUUCACCAUAAGAUGUGGUGUGUGAGCUUAUAGUGGCCUGACUGUGGUCGUGCUCUGUUUAUGUAUAAACCCUCCAUACUGCCACAGUCAGUCAGGUGGCACCUCCUAUUGUACAUAACAACUUACUAUGCUCUUAGUUACGGGCGAUAAAAUGCUAAUAUCAUCCACUUCAUCCCUCAGCAUCAGUGCAGAUAACAAAGGUGAGAAUUUUCAGCUUUAAAAACAUGCACCAAUUCGACACUUUCUUUGCUCAUCGCUGCUCUUUAAAUCCUAAAAACGGGAAGCAGGAGGGUCAUGAGGUGUUGAAGCUGAAUGACCACAACCUACUUCUUCUAUUUUGGUAUCUGAUCCAAGUCCGAAGAGAACUUUUGUUUAUGAUCUGCUCUCUGACUUGCCUCCAAGUAUGUUUGAAAAGAAGAUCCAGUCUGAAGCAACUUUCAUGGUCCAACGCACAGUGCAGGAAAUACCUGCAGCUAUGUGCAUUGCAAGGUUUGCUCUUGAGCACAGGCAAACCCGACUGGUUUGAACGCUUCAGGUUGGAUUUCCAAUUUCCAUACUUGAAAAAUGUUUCUGGCUUUACAUGUCGCAACAGUUCACUUCAUAUUUUACUUUAACCUCUGAAUUCUCUGACCAGUCCAUCUAUUCCUGUUUGCUUUUGAGAAGGAGCCCUUUUUAUUUUAACAACAGCGGAUAGUUGUCGAUGGCAUGAAUGUGCUUGAUCACUUUACCUCCUCAUCCCUCUUUACGUCCUGACACUGACAACAUUUAAAACAUUAAAAAUAGACCAGUCCCAACCUCUCUGAGGGAAGGUGAACGCUCACCUCAGUCAUGUGCCAUCUGAGUUUGUGGAGAGAGUCAAAAACACAUGGAUUGAACUGACAACUUCAGUGUGACAGCUCGGAUCUUACGGAGCUGUUGGGAAUUAAAAUGUUUUCAUGUUCAUUUUGUUUGUACAGACGACAACAAUCCACGUUGGUGACAUCUGAACAGAGCUGAAAGCAGUGUUUUGAUAGUGCUGCUAUGUGGCAUUUUAUUUUGUCUCGACUCUGACAUCACACAUCAAUCAUGAUCACGACAGUCCCAUGGUCCAUCUCAGGAUGGGAGCGAGAUCUAAGUGGGAGGAAGUAGACGUGAAAAUGACUGCAAGCAUUGCUGUUGUUGAGCUGUGGCAGUUGCUCGUCCUUCUACAGACAGACACAGCACUGUUCAGCCGUGACUACCUUGACACUGUCUCAGGAAUGUGGCUGGAUUUACAGCGCAGCAGCCUGUGUAUCAUUGAAAACCCACCUGAUGCUGACGUUAAGAUCAACUGUGAGGAACAAACGUAUGAAACGCUAACGUCCCAAACGUCACGCUGCCUGCUGGUAAACACUUCCGCUUUUUUCCAUCUUUCCUCAGCUUGUCUGUUACUUGCUUCCCCUUUUUUAAAAAAAAAAAGUCGUGAUCCCCUUCUUUCCCUUCUUCUCUUUCGCACCUCCUUUACCAACAUUUUCAUUUGGCUAUCCCAUUACUCCACGUCCAUGUUAGAUGACUACAUGCUUAGCUCUGGCUGAGGAAGCUCUCGGCAUCUCUCGGUCGUAGCGUCGACCCAACAAAAGACGGAGUUGGGAAGUUUAUCUCCACAGGCUUUUCUCUUCAAUGGUUGGUGGACUGAAAUCUUUACGGCAGAUGUUGAUAACGUCUAUUUCUCUUUAGCCAUAACUACAACUGGUUUAUUUUCAGUGAGAUACCUGUCGAAGUGUUUUCUUCCCUGACUGCCCCAGGCACUUACUCUUGUCUUCUCUUCCCUCUGUGUGUGUGUCUCUGUGUGUGUGUGUGUGUGCGUGACUGUUUUUGGAAUGAGAAAUUAUUCCAUGCUUUCUGAUGAGUCUGUGACAUGUGUUUCAUGAAUGCUCCUGCUUUGUUCCGGCCGUUUCUGAAUGGCAUAACUGCAUGGCUACACGCCGAUGUUUGUAAAUGUGUGCGUCUGUGUGUGCGUUUGCAAAGGAGAGGCCCGAGGCAGAAGGGGGGAUGACAUGCAUGUGUCCGGCCUUCUAACAUCGCCGACGACUCGCACACUAACCAACUGCCCGCCCUCACGACAUGACGGACGCUCUGGUAAACCACAUGCUCCCUCUCUUCUCUUGUCUCGCGCCGAUGUAACUUAUGAACUGUGAAGGCAAGUUACAUGUUCAAGCCAGACACUGUCAUUUCCUUUGUCCUCCCUCUUUUUCUUGAUCAUCCUCCUGUCCUCUUCAUGUCCUCCUCUCCCACGUCCAUGUCGUCUCCUUUUACAUGGGACCUACAUCUCCAACAUUCGAGGUCCAACCGUAUCUCCAAACCUCUCUCCAUGUCUGCACUCUCUUCAUCGCGUCAUCGAUCACUGAUGCACAGUGAAUCUGCGUCAUGUGUCCAACAAGAAACCCACACUCAAUUACAGUAAGGCACAACACAUCUCCGCCAUGCUCUUCUCCUUAUCACAGCAGCUACAUGUCGACCUCCUACUUGGUCCUGUGAGGGCCAGAAUGCAUUCCAGACAUGAAUUCCACUAACACAACAGCAAAAUACCUCACAAUCCUCCUUCACCUUCCCCAGGACUUUUCUAAGUUCUGUCCUGGAUGUGAAUGGAAGGAUUUGCAUCGGCAGCUCUCAUGGAGGGGAGGACAUGUUGUGUGGAAGAUUUGCCAGUCACAGAGAAGUGGAAUUCUUUUCCAUAAUUUCAUCUUUUAAUUCUAUAUAUGUACUUGGUUUUUUUUAUCAGUGAGGCAACUUCUAUUCCCUCCACUCGGCUAAUAAAUUCAACUGUCAUUUAAUUUCCACAGGACUAUAUAUAACCGCUGUCAGCUUGUCUCACUCCUGUCUGCUUAUCACUCCCCCCGCGUGUCUGUCAUUUCUUUUUCUCUUUCCCAGGCUCUCUGGCUCUUUUCCUCCCUUUUCAUAUGGCUCUAUCCCCCCAUUCCUCCUGUACCCUGCAGUCUUUCUUCUUUAUUAUCUCUGCCUCUCCAACACAUUCCCUCUUCAUCCGUCUUUCUUUUUCUUCACCUCCUCCAAAUAUCUUGGAAGUUUCCUUCGCAAAGGUCGCCCACAUUUCAUGUCCACUCCGUACUUUGUUACUGUAGCUGACAGUUGGAAAGAGCUUUCUUCACUGCAAGCAACUACUUCACGACUAAGCAACUUUUUUAAAGUGAUUUUGAUAAAUAUUUGGGCCUGCGAUGUCUCAGUAUGCUUUUUCUAUGUUUACACAAGAGGCUGAAAGUGUUGAAAUCAGAGGAUGAUGUCAUCACCAACCACCUGACCUCACAGGCUUUUAGCUAGGAGGGCGUCUGGGCGUCUGCAAAACAUGGAAAAAAUGGACGCCAUCUGGUGGCCAAGCUACGCUCGAGAAUCUGGCGUCCAUUUUUUCAUGUUUUGCAGACGCCCUCCAUGCUAAAAGUCUGCUGAGAGAUGAUCCCGCUGGCAAAGAGACCUCAAGUAACGCUAGUUCCACUGUCAUGGUCCUUGUUUAAAGUAGUGUCAUGCGUGGCGUGGACAAGGAAGCAAGGCCUCCAUGUUAUGCAAGUUCCUGUAGCUCCAUGUACAGCUGCCUGGUGCACGCAUGGAAGUACGCUGUCAGAUUUUGUUCUGUUGAAAGGAAGUGAACGGGUGAGAAACUUUGACAAGCCUGGACUGGACUUGUGGUGUCCCGUUUCAGAGAGAAAAAAAGAAUGUUAAUGCUGGUUUUAGCAGCUUUCCCUGGAAGGCAUUAUGGCAUGAAUGGGUCCAUGCAGUUAUGCAGUGUGUGUGUGUGUCUCUGUUUGUGUGUGUGUAGACACCAUGUCUGAUUCAUCACAUUUAAGAAAGACCAAAAAGCGCUGUGUGUCACAACACAUCUGACUUGGCUUCCUGUCACUGGGUGUCCAUCUUUUCCUGUUGCCUUGGUCCACUUCUUCAGUUUUGUCUCCGCUGGAGUCAAGACGUGUCGGUCGGAGAUGGAUUCUCUCUAGUUUUUGCCUUUUCUUUUGGGUCAAAACUGGCGAGAGCGUCAGCGGACGUGUUGCUCUCUGUGGCUCAGGUUUUCCCUCUUCCCUCCGACGUCAACCAGUACACAGGUCCAGUCCCGGCCGAGCUAGAGGGCGAGCUGGCCAUGGGUGGAGGUCGCAGUGAGACCUCGGCGCUGAGCGGGAUGGGAGGAGGGCGGGGCACGACCACGACCCAGAAUUCCCAACGGCCCAAUGCCUGCUGUUUCUGCUGGUGCUGCUGUUGCAGCUGCUCGUGGAAUGAAGAGGAGCGGAGAAGGAGGCGAAGGAGGAGGAAGAGGAUAUCGCAGGAAAGCAAGAUGGAGGCCAUACCUAUUUGUGAAGCCUGCACCAAGCCCUCGGCGGAGGAGAUCCGGCUGUGGGCCCAGUCCUUCGACAAGCUGAUGAAGAACCCGGCCGGCAGGAACGUUUUCCGGGAGUUUUUACGGACUGAGUACAGCGAGGAGAACAUGUUGUUCUGGCUGGCUUGCGAGGACCUCAAGCAAGAAAUCCACAAAAGCACCAUUGAGGAGAAGGUCCGCUCCAUCUACGAGGACUACAUUUCCAUUCUGUCGCCGAAGGAGGUGAGCCUGGACGCCCGGGUCCGGGAGGUGAUCAACCGAAAGAUGCAGGAGCCGACGCCUCACACCUUCGAAGACGCGCAGCUGCAGAUCUACACGCUGAUGCACAGGGACUCGUACCCACGGUUCCUCUCCUCCAGCAUAUACAAGUCGCUCAUUCACGGCAGCUCGCGCACCUCCUCCGAAUCCUAAUGGACGCUCGGUGGCCUCCUCUCUCGGACCCCGCCGUCACUGCCAGACCUCCCGGCGCUCCAUCCACUGUCACCAAAAUGCCUCAACGUUAUGGUUUGGAUCUCACCACAUCCAGCGCGACGUGCCGCCAUCUCAAUACCUCACGCCUGGACGUCUUUACGCCGUAAAGACAGAUGGGUUUUAUACAAAGGUGAAGUCAGUGCCUUAAACCUCAGACGGCCAGCAGGGGGCAGUGUCGGCAACAGAAGGAGUGGAUGCAGAGGAAGAAGGGGCCCACACUGUGCACCAGUAUUGAAUGAAAGCUUGGGUUUUUUGGUGACACUGGCAUUCGAUGCUAAGAUUCGCCGCUGAAUUCACACUGGAUUCCCUCUAUCUUUGUCUGCCAAACUCAACUGUGUGUGCUGGGCAGAGCAAAGGGGGCGUGGCCAAGGGAAGGGUCCGCUUCCUCCGCAGUGUGGAGCACAGUGUGGACUCCUUCUACGGUUCUGCUACAAUACAAUCUGGCUGAAAACACGGUUGGAUCCACUCAAAUGGACUGCAGUCAUUGUUGCUCAUUCACCUUUUUUUUGGAUUGUUGACAGGAGAGGGCACUGAUCCGGGAGGCAUUGUUCAGUGUGUUCAGGGAGAUCGAUCUGACCCCCACCUCCACCAGAUUCAAAACAAAGCAGCGGAGAAGAGGGAGGACUCCCCCUCUCAGCUGGACUCAUGGUGCUCAGCCCCGGGGGCCCGGGCACACAGCCUCGCUCGCUCGCUCUCAUUUCACCCGCCGACGUCCCUCCUGCCGACUACUGAUUUACAAGCUCACUUUUUUCAGAGAAAUAUAGAUAUAUAUAUACAUCGGUGGGACAUUUGAAAUAUACGAGUUUGUGUUUCUGCCACUCUUCCUGUUUUUACUUUGACGGUUUUGCAAGAAAAAAAACGGAGGAGGAGGCGGAGCCUCUGUGCUGCUUCCUGUCGUCCACAUGAGCCCAGACAUGGCAAUAAAACACUGGACUACUCCACACACACACACACACUGUGUUUGUGUCGCGAUACUUGCAGGGGUCAUAUCCUCACGACCACGUCGUACGUUUGGAUUUGGACGCGCAGAGUAUAGUCACGCAAACACACACACACACCAGGGUGGCCUACCUGGCACCGCUGCUGCUGACCUCUGCCUCUGUGACUUCUCACCUUUGACCCUACCACUGUCUCCAUGACUGCCGCGGUCGAGAGGGCGGGAGGAGUAACCACCUGUGGAGGGCGCCACAGCGGGCGAGGACGCCCGGCCUCUUGACAGAACUCAGAAUGCAUUUAUCUUAGUAUUGUUGCUGUUAUUUAUUUUAUAUUUUGUUGAAGAUGUGAUUGAAUUGUACAUACAUAAAGAGGAAAUC